AUGGCAUCGAAAGACGUCGACCGGGUGCAGCAAAAGUAUCGGGCCACGCUAAGCCAGAUCGGCAAACCGUUGGAGGAACCACUGAUCGGCAGCCACUUGCAGCUUCCCGUUCGACCACGGCCAGCCGAGCAUCCCGUGUUCGAUAUGACUCUGCUGUAUAUUCCGAUCUACUGUCACCUGGUGCUGCAUCCACCGGGCGAGAUACAGCGUCCACCUACUCCGGAGCUGAUAACCCGUGCCCGAAUCGAAAAGGCGGUAGAGAACUGGAUGGAUUGA